CUCGACUCUUUGAUGUCUAAUAACAACAGAUUGUUUAGUCAUAUUCUCCAAUUCGCCAUACAUAGCAAAAGUCCGUGAACGAAGAUCCUGCAUAGCGUUUAACAAUUCAACAGGUAAAAUGCCUUUGAGAGACUCCGCUUCACUUUCAUCAAUCGGAAUGGGUAUUUUAAGGUUCCGUCUUUGGUUAUAGAGCUUGCAAGACCGUGCAAUUAUAUCCAACAUGUAUCUACUCAUACCAUAACUCCUUUCAAAGCUUUCAUAAUGUUCGCUGUUGAGUUUUUCAUCAGUUUCCAUAUCGAACCACCAAGAUUGAUUAUCAUCACCGAGCAAUUGAGGAGUUUCACCUGUCGUUAGGCAAGCAAAUACUUCAUGAGCAGUUAAUUCUUCUAAGAAUGUCUUCCUAAUAAAUAAAGACUUUUUCGAUACGUUAUGCAUCAAACGAAGAUUCCUAUCUAAGCCAAGCAUAGCGGCUGGACCACCUAAAUUCCUCACUAAAGCCAAUGCAACGUUCAUACUUUGUCUCCAAUCGACACUGGCACUUAAAACAUCAUAUUUGAGCACAGCGAUGAAUGCUAAAAGUGACAUGUCAACGUCCUGAUUAUUGUGAGCAUCAUUCAAUAGUGGCAUCAUGACUUGUUUUAGCGCCAUACUUUUAAGGUGCUUCGACAAAUUGAGUUCUUGACUGGCCUCCAAACCUUGCUUUUGACGUAUGAAGUGCAUAUGAGUAGCUGAAAUGGCUAAAAUACCAUAUGUGAUAGCGGCUUGAUUUGAAUUUAAAACCAAAGGUAUUGACAAAGCUAGAAAAGGAUUCUUAGGUUCAUUUAUAGCGCAAAGUAACUUCUUAGAUUCGCUGAGGAAGUUGUGUAAUAAUUGACGGGAUUGAGGAUUGGCAUUGAUAAUGCUAUUCGAAUGUUGGAAACUGUCAUUAAUUAAAGGUGGCAAAGAGCUAGGGGAUGAAGUUGAUGUCGCUGGUGAUGGUCUAUUAUAGACAUAUUCAUUCUCUGUGUUUCCAUUGAGUAUGGGAGGUGAAGGAAAAAAAGGCGGAGGUGAUACAUAGUUAGCAUAUUCACUUGCGAACGCAGGAGGAGAAUUCGUUCCUACCAAGUUACCUGUGAGACGUUAGUAAAACUUUCUAACCGACGCCUACCCCACUCACUGUUGAAGGAGCUAAAAGGGACAGAGACGGUAGACAUAGUACUGGUGUUCAUCAUAGCUGGGUCUAAUUGAGGAGGGAGCAUCCUUGAAGUAGCUGGAUCAAAGAAGGAAGUUGGAGGAAGAGCUGAUGACCCUGAAGGUAAGACAGACAUAGCCGAGCUGGUUGAAGGUACCGGUAAAGUGUUCUGAGUGAUUGGUUGAACUGAUGGGAGAUGAUGUUGGGAUGAAGAGUCGUAAAUAGCCGGUAGAGCUAACUCUUCAGAUUCUACUUUAACGUCUGGGGCAGAUUGGAUGAGCUGAGCAAGCAAUUUGCUGCCAAGAAGGGCUUGAAGACGUUUUAGAGAAAGUUCAGGGUCAGCGAAAGGAUCAAUGUAGGUUGUUUGAUAGUUCUGCUUCGUGCGCUCUGUAUGGCUUGAUGUCUCGGGUGGCUCCACCGAGCGAGCAGAAGUCGAAGGACUAGAUACUUUCCUACGCUUGUUAUUCUGAGUUUCAUUUGGAUUAGGGUAAGUGCAUUCUCGACCGAGACUUGUGCACUUUAAGCAAACAGGGGUCAUCAUAUCGCAUUUGACCUUUCGCUUGCGGCAGGUAAGACAGCCAUCCCUUGAGCGCUUAAACUUGGGUCUUUGAGAUUUAUUAGAUGCAGUAUUAGCGGACUCGCUUGGCAACCUGUCAUUCUGAGUGAUUAUUUCUGUAAGCGAAGAUUUAGUUAGUAAGCGAAUAGAAGAAGGAAUAAGCGAAAUAAGCUCACCACUAAGUCGGGGUAGUGAAUCUUGUACAGCUGGAUGAGUAGAUCCCAUUAGAUUGAUCAUAUUUUGCACUGGAUGCGAAUUAGCAUCAGAGGACAUUAUAGUGGAGUGAGUUGAAGGAAAGAGGAUACCAAAAAAGUCUAUGAAAAUAGCUAUAUAGAAUCUGCUAUAGAAUUUAUAACUAUUCUUUCUCUAGUCUGCCCCUUUCUUAUCAAUUUACGGCCAGAAUGUCGGACGGAUACUGGCUGGACAGUAUAGAUAGCAAAGGAUUAGAAGGCCAGGCGCUGUUUGAACAUAGAAGGAAAUUAUGGACUCAGCCUACGAAAAAGACAGAGGGUAGAUUACAAGAGAGAAGAGAUAAUCCUGGAUUUAGAAAGCUUAUAGAGCUGAUUGAUAGCGCAAAAGAUAGAGAGAACUUCACGGAUAUUUGGGACAAGGGAAUUAGGAACAUAUACAAUAACCUAGUCCAGGGACAGAGAUUAUCGCAGCCUCUACCGUUGGAGAUAAUAGUACAAGUCGUAUGCAAAGCUGCCUGGGUUGAACUCGGUAUUUGGCCCUUGGACUACGUGAAAACACCAGAUCCAGCACCAAUUGUACCGCGAGCGUUUAUGAAUAUAAAUUAGUUAGGGGAUAUUAAUAUAACACCAUCUCCUCUGAUAUACAACAUUGGCAUAGAUCUCUUCACAAACCUCGUCGUUGACUCUAAAGUGGUAGAAUCUACGUCUACGACGGUGACGAACUCGUCUACAUUUCCUAAUAUCAAGUUCAUGUGUGAAUCGUAUGCGUGUAAUACACCGAUCAGCUCCCUAUCACCUCUCAAUUUAACCUUGAUUUGUUCAUUCAAACUCAGCCUGACGAGGUCUAACGGUUCUUUAAUAGCUUCUGUCAUCGACGUCCUAUUGAUAGAAUGACAAAACAGAAAUUCUAUUGCGAUUAUUGCGAUGUUUUCCUUACACACAAUUCAGCUGCAGUUAGAAAAGCUCACAAUUCUGGUAGAAACCAUCUAAUAAACGUAAAAGAUUACUAUGCUUCCCUCGGUCACGACAAAGCACAAUUCAUCAUCGACGAAAUCUGCAGGAUACAUGAAUCUGGAUUAGCUAGACCACCACCAACGCUUAACAAAUUCAAUGGUCCAGCUGGUUUAACUGCACCUCCAAUGAUGCGUCCACCACCUCCAGGUGCUCCUCCAGGUGUUAGACCAGCAUUCCCAGGAAUGCGUCCACCAUUUAGACCGCCUCCACCACAAUUCAGACCACCACCAC